CGAUUGCAAAGAGGUCGGACCGUGGAUAGACCUGCUGAAUUAUUUUAGGCCGCGAAUAUUGCUACUUGCUAAGAUUAUUAAUGCAGAAGCACCUCCAGGAGAUUCCGGACCAGAGUAGCAACGUUACCACCAGCUUCACAUGGGGCUGGGACUCCAGCAAGACCUCUGAGCUGUUGUCAGGCAUGGGGGUCUCCGCCCUUGAGAAGGAGGAGGUGGACAGUGAGAACAUCCCCCAGGAACUGCUCUCAAACCUGGGCCACUCGCAGAGCCCCCCACGGAAAAGGCUGAAGAGCAAAGAAAAUGAUAAAGAUUUUGUGAUCAUCCGCAGGCCUAGGCUCAAUCGAGAGAACUUUCCAGGUGUUUCCUGGGACUCCCUCCCGGAUGAGCUUCUCCUGGGGAUCUUUUCCUGUCUGUGCCUCCCCGAGUUGCUGAGAGUCUCCAGUGUCUGUAGGAGAUGGUACUGCCUGGCGUUUGAUGAGUCUCUUUGGCAGACUCUAGACCUCUCAGGUAGAAAUCUACACCCAGAUGUGAUUGGUCGCUUGCUGUCUCGAGGCGUGGUUGCCUUCCGCUGCUCACGAUCCUUCAUGGACCAACCACUGGUUGAACAUUUCAGCCCUUUCCGCGUACAGCACAUGGACCUGUCAAACUCUGUUAUAAAUGUGAAUACCCUCCACGGCAUUCUGGCUCAUUGCGCCAAGCUGCAGAAUCUAAGCCUGGAAGGCCUACAGCUUUCAGAUCCCAUUGUCAAUAAUCUUGCACAGAACUCAAAUUUAGUGCGACUAAACCUUUGUGGGUGUUCUGGAUUUUCGGAAUCUGCCCUGAAGACUUUGCUAAGCAGCUGUUCCAGACUGGAUGAGCUGAACCUGUCCUGGUGUUUUGAUUUCACUGAGAAGCAUGUGCAAGUGGCUGUCACACAUGUGUCAGAAACAAUCACCCAGCUAAAUCUCAGUGGCUAUAGGAAGAAUCUCCAGAAGUCAGAUGUCUGUACCUUAAUUAGAAGAUGCCCCAACCUUGUCCAUCUAGAUUUAAGUGAUAGUAUCAUGCUGAAGAACGACUGCUUUCCAGAAUUUUUCCAGCUCAACUACCUCCAACACUUAUCACUCAGUCGGUGCUACGAUAUAAUACCUGAAACGCUACUUGAACUUGGAGAAAUCCCUACACUGAAAACACUACAAGUUUUUGGAAUCGUGCCAGACGGUACCCUUCAACUGUUAAGGGAAGCCCUUCCUCAUCUGCAGAUUAAUUGCUCCUAUUUCACCACCAUUGCCAGGCCAACUGUUGGCAACAAAAAGAACCAGGAGAUAUGGGGCAUCAAAUGCCGCCUGACGCUGCAAAAGCCCAGUUGUCUAUGAGGUACUUGCUGCAGGAUAGUGUUUUCUCUCCCUUUGGAGUGGGGGAAGCAGGGAGGAAGCCCAACUGCUGGACACUUGGCUAGUUUUGUUACUGAUUUCCCUGUAGCCUUUAUCCUGCAAGUAUUUUAGGGAAGCAUUUAAGAGAAAAAACUAUGAGGUGUUGCUUUUUAAAAAUGACUUUAAAAGAUUCUGUCAAUGCUGGGCCCUUAAGAGUCUUUGGAGAUUUUAGGAGAAGAAGCCUAUAAUUUCCAGAUGACUUUUUAAAGAUCAGAACUUGAACCACCUUUCAAGUGCCCUUUUGAUUAAGUCUAUUUCCAAUCAAGCUUAAAAAAUUACCACAGGCUCAUAGUCGUCACAGCCUAUGUGGUAACUUUUAUGCAUUUAAUUUUCCAGUAUUGUUUUUUAAGACACGGCUUAUAAGAACAUUAAGCUAUGUUUGUGCUGUGAGCUUAACGGUCACAGAAUAGUGUUUGAGGUAAUCGUUUCUGGGGGUUAGUGCAUUUCAGUUUUAUCUUUAUUUUUAAAAUCAGUUUAUCGGACAACCCCAAGUAAUUCACCAUAACCCCUCAAUAAAAAGAAAGAAACAAAGGUGAUUGGAGGUUUAAAAUUGGUAUAGGAUUUGAAGGCUCAGGAGGCAAUUUUCUAUGCCAGGUUAAUCUGAAGACUCCUUUAAUGUUCAUUAAUGUACUGUGUUCUCAGAAUUUCGAAUUAGGUAAAGAAAUUUUGUGGUUUUCUAACUUUAUAAUCGAAUUAUAUUAUUAUGGGUUGUGUAGCUUUUUAAAAUGGCUUGCUUUUAGAAAGGAUAUUAUCGUAAUCAGUUUAUUAUUGAAAAGUUGGAUGAAGAAUUCUGAACUGAUACUGCCUGUUUUCCUUUAGUGCUGACGUUAUUUUUAUAUUACUCUGGAAUCAAGUAUUUUAAAUUGUCUGUUUUAAUGGUCUCUCAGAAUAACUGUUUGAAACUACCCACUUUAUAAGGUUACUGGACCUACAAACAGCGUAUUAAGUCUGAAAUGCACUAGAAGCAGGUGUUCCCUGCAGUGCACUUGGCCACUACUUACAUCUUAUAGAGUUUAGUCACAUUGAAACUUUUGAUGGCACGAGUGAUUUUUUUAGAAAACCUAGUACAUAGAAGCAAAGAGUUAAAUUUUUAAAAAAUCACCAAAAUAUAAAUAAAUAAACCUAGUUCUAAGUUGAUGACGUAUUUUCACAACGCAACAAAAAAGCCAAAACCCAUCAUCUUUUCUACGAACCACUUAAGUUUACCCCGAGCAUCACUCGGGCAGCAUAUAUGUUUACAUACCAUCCCGAGUUUCACUCGAGCUGUAUUGAAUACCUAUAAAAUCGUCAUUCUUUUAUUUCCUGUUACAUUAUCUUAUAAAAUUAAUGAAAAAAUGCAAUUUUUGGUCAUCCUGUUUAUAAAUAAUU